GUCCUCCUCCGCCACCGUACCUACGUACAACGUAGCAGGCGCCUAAACAAAGCUAAGCUAGCCCAGUAUCAAUAAUUAUUAUCUAUUUUUUAUUUAGCGACAGAACUGCGUCUGUCUUCAUGGAGAGCGCUAAAUACGUGUCUCAAAAAGUUAGCAAGACAAGAUGGCGUCCAGUUUCACAGUCAUCUCUACAGCAGCCGGAUGUUUUUGUGACGGGCUCGUGGGACAACGAGGACAACAAGGUUUCCCUUUGGUCCAUUGGUGACCAUCAGAGCAGUUUGGGUCCAGAAGAUGAAGGAGAUCCGCAGCUGAUCUGUGAAAACAAGCAUGAUGGAGAUGUUCUUGACCUUCAGUUUUUGGACCAGGAGAGGUUUGUCACUGCAUCGUCAACAGGAGCGGUCACCAUCUUCAGCCACCACCAAAACAAUCAGACGAUGUCAGUGUGUCAGCUGUGGGCGAGGGCUCACCACCACCCCUGUGACAACGCUCCUUGCACUGGACUCGUCUGCAGCAGUCCUGAAGUCAUCACAGUCGGGGAGGACGGCAGGAUUAUCGUCUUCAGAGCUGACCAAGAAGGAGUGAUUCGAGUCAUAGACAACGCAGACAGCAGCACAAUCCGUGCUGUGACCUACCUGAGGACUACAGAGAUUUUAACUGUGAACUCCAUCGGGCAGCUGAAGCUGUGGGACCUGAGGCUGCAAAGCAACUCACCUUCACAAAUCCUGUCCUUGUCAGGAGAUCGAGUUCCCCUGCAUUGUGUGGACAGACACCCAAACCAGCAGCACAUUGUUGCCACAGGAGGCCAGGAUGGAAUGCUGUGUGUGUGGGACGUGAGACAAGGCAACAUGCCCUUCUCACUUAUCGAGGCCCACUCAGCUGAAAUGUGGGAGGUUCACUUUCACCCCACCAACCCCGAUCAUCUGUUCACGUGUUCAGAGGACGGCUCUCUGCUGCACUGGGAGACYACCUCUUCUUCAGACAUGCCCUCCUUUUUACAAGGCAGCAGGAACAGCAGURCGACCUGUCGACAUGCGAUGACCCCGGCUGCUGGGAACCAGUCCCUGACCAGUGCCUGGCUCAGUGGAGACUCCAGUAAAAGUCGUCUGGAGACCAGUCACAUGCUGCCCAGCCAGACGCUGUCUGUCAACAGCCUGGAUGUGCUGGGACAGUGCUUAGUCUGUGGGACUGAUGGAGAGGCCAUUUUUGUCAACAGACAUGUCCCAGUUUAAUACAGCUGGUUCAAAAAUGUGUGAAUGGACCUUAUUUUAUCAGAUUCAGGUCAGAUCAUUAAAGUUUGUUGACUGGAUGAGUCCUCUCACUUCCCAUCUCUGGUAUGGUGCAUUUUUACAGAGAUUUUCUUACAUCAAACUGUUCAAGUUCAAUCYAACAAAAUGUUUUGUACAGAAUUACUCAAAGUAUUUAAUAAAGAAAACACAAAAAUGUC